AUGGACCUCAGUGCCGCUACCAAGAGCAACGACAAGAAACCUUGGAACCCCAAGUGCUACAAUUGCGAAAAAAUAGGACAUAUCGCCAGAGACUGCGGACAACCCAAGAAGCCCAACUGGAAGCCAGUACCCGAGCGAACUAAGCAAGCUAGUAUGGCAACUAAGACACCCCACGCAUCCCUAUCGUGGACAGGAUGCUACGACGACAAAUGCCCUGUAUACCUCAGCGACAAAGAAAUGACAGGACACUGGCCUACCAGCAAAACCCUUGCAAUGGCCUCCCGGGCCAACAGCAAGAUGAUCAGAAAAACCACCGAAUAA